AUGGCGUCGCGCGUGCUACCCACGUGCUUAAUAACUGCCCCUACAAAAUUUAUAAAUAGUUCUCCAGUGAAAUUCUCCAACAACAGAGCAGGGUUUAGGUCAAAAAAUGGAUGGAUGAAGUGUAAGGCUGUUGGGGACAGCUCUCAGCCUGUUUACAAUGGUGUUUAUGGUCCUUGGACUGUUGAAUCAUCGGACGUUCGAGAGGUGAUUUUAUACAGAUCUGGGUUAGUUACUGCUGCUUCAUCAUUUGUGCUUGCUGCAUCAUAUGCUUUUUUACCUAGUGACUCUUUGUUGAGUGAACUAGUGAAACAAAAUCUUGAUUUGUUAUACACUCUUGGAGCUGGGGGUCUUGGCCUAUCUUUGUUUCUAAUUCACAUCUAUGUAACUGAAAUUAAGCGCUCUCUUCAAGCUUUUUGGGCACUGGGUGUUAUUGGAUCUUUAGCAACAUAUGCGACCCUUGCUCAACCAGCUGGUGAAAAUAUGAUACAAUAUGUUGUUAAUAACCCAACAGCUACCUGGUUUGUUGGUCCUCUCUUUGCAGCACUGACAGGACUUGUCUUUAAAGAAGGCCUCUGCUAUGGAAAGCUGGAAGCUGGUAUACUCACAUUCAUUAUACCCACACUUCUUCUUGGACACCUGACUGGUUUAAUGGAUGAUGGAGUAAAACUCACUCUUUUAGCUUCAUGGAUGGCCCUCUUCGUGAUAUUUGCUGGAAGGAAAUUUACUCAGCCCAUUAAGGAUGACAUUGGGGAUAAAUCUGUCUUCAUGUUCAACUCUCUUCCAGAUGAUGACAAGAAAGUCUUGAUAGAGAAACUUGAGCAACAAAAAUUAAGUCAGGACAUAUAA